AUGAAGCUGACCGAGAACGGCAUCUCACGUAACGAGAACGGCAGCCCCAAGGCCGGCUACGGCAAAUCCGAGUACGGCCAGCCCACCGGCGGCUACGUCCAGCAGGGUGGCUGGAGCUACAGCGACGACUACGGCAACCCCGUCCAGACCGAGAACGGCAUCUCACGUAACGAGAACGGCAGCCCCAAGGCCGGCUACGGCAAAUCCGAGUACGGCCAGCCCACCGGCGGCUACGUACAGCAGGGCGGCUGGAGCUACAGCGACGGCUACGGCAACCCCAUCCAGGUGACGUUUGUUGCCGACGAAAACGGCUACCAGCCGUCUAGCGACAUCCUGCCGACGCCGGAUGGUAUUUAA